CCUGUCAUUCAUCAUGGAGUGCUCAGCAGCCUGGAUCAACUCAACCACAGUCGACGAAAUCUCUGUCCGCAAGUCCGGCGCGUUCACAACCUUGCCAGUGCGUAUCAGCAAGUACAAUGAAAUUGCCAUCACUACCGCGCAAAAGCUUGCUUGUAUCUGGGAUACCAUGCGCUGUGGCAGUGUAUCUUCUCGCCCCGUCAAUUUUGGAAGGAAUCUGCUUCCCUUGGUUGUUCCUGAGGCCUUGCCGGAGAGAAUGGCAACGGCCGUAAAACUGAUCGAAUUGGGCCAUUUGUGUGAUGCUAAUAGUGUAGUCUUUUCCGAUCAGCUAGAUUCACAGAGCAGAGCGGAAGUCUACAGUAUGCUGACCCGAUGUCUGGAUCGGUGCUCUGUAGCUUCGUCUUGCUCUUGUCCUAGUACAUGCAACAAAGAGUUUGGCGACAGACAGGCUCAGCUGCGGACACUGAUCUAUGAAGUGGCCACUGAAGCUAUUCAGUUCGAUCGUGAACAGGGUAUGCUUAUCCUUGAGCUCCUUGGGAAAGCUGUCGCACCGGAGCCAAUGUCCUUUGGAUGCAGGAAGAGUUCUGCGUUUAGGACUUUCUGGCCUAUCCUCGAGUUUGCUAUUGGUAUGAAGCUAAGCGAAAUGGACCGGAUACUCCUCCGAGACAUCAAGAACGUGGUUGAUGAAUGCCACAUGCUGAACGAUGAGUAUUGGGGUGCAAACGCGACUAGCUCAGGAGUAUACCAAACAGACUUUGGCAGAAUGCCAAGUCUUUCUUUCGAAGGAGGAAAGGAAAGUCUGAAAAGCCGGAUCAUCGACCUCGAAUAUCGCUACCGGGCUCUUCAGGCAGAAGUUUGCGGGAAAUACCCUGUUGAGUCCAUGCGGCUGCGCCGCUGGAUCGAAGCCGCUGGAGUUGCAAUGGCAGGCUACAAUUACUGGCGUGCUUUAUCUGCAAAUGGACCUUGCAACAGCUUGUCUACAAGCGCGUGCUCCUGCUCUCCAUCCGAGUGGACACGGGUUACCACUCCGGCCUCCACCAUCUCCUUCUCAUCCACUCACACAUAUUCCGGAACCUACGAUCGAGGCGAAUCCACAACGCUUACCGCCGUCACCAACUACAUCAAUUCCAUGCCACCGUCUUCCUCGGUCCAGACACUCAACAUGACCCCCUCCGCAUUGAAUCAAUGGACACGCGCUCCAGCUCCAGCCGUCCAGUGCAUCUCGUCUCUUAUAACAUCUCUAUAUAACGCGACCACAACCCUGACCGAUAUCACCGCGGACAACACCCAGCGUUACAACCAGCCCACUGCACACGCCGUCUUCGGUACCAUGCAGGCUAGCAACAGCGCCUACUACACCUUUAUCCAGUCGGUUUCGGAGGCACGCGCCCUGGCAAACCCUGCCCUUGCAACCGAUAUCCUCCUUGGUGGCUUCAACCGUCUGUAUGCCGGUCACAGCCGUGAGCUGACCUGGAAGUACAACGCAUGUAUCCCAUCGGAGGCUGAAUAUCUUUCCGUUGUCGAUGACACCACGGGAUCACUAUACACACUUCUUGUCAAACUCCUUCAAGCUGAAAGCUGCUUGCCAUUCCACUGCAAGCCUGACCUCACUCCCCUGGCCACGCUGCUAGCCCGCUUUGUCCAUGUCAAAGAAGACUACCUCGCGUUCCAUAACCGGGAGAGCAAGAUGAGUGGAUUCAGUGAUGCACGCGUCCUCUCGUACCCGGUUAUUCGACUGGCUAAUAUCAAACCGGACAGUCGGGCGCAGAUCUCUCGAUACCUCUUUGAACGCAAGGAUGCAAGCAAGAGUGGCUGCUCCUGUGCAGAGGAGAAGAAAGAUCCCUGCGGCAACUCCGUGAACUACAGCUGCCUGGUGCUUUUGCUACGCGAGUAUGGGGCACUGAGUGCGACACGCGAACUUCUCCGUGAUAUAGAAGACAAGAUCGAGAGGGAGGUGAUGCAGAUAGAGAAGUUGACGGGAGAAGUCAACCCUUUGAUACGGAAGCUUAUUGCAGGACUACGCGAAGGCUUGCUGCCAUAA